AUAAAACAAUUUCAAUUUUGAAAGAGAAGCUCCUCCAUUUUCUCUCUCCUCCUUGUCAUUUUCUCGACGCAUUUUCAAUACAAAAAUACCUUCUUCUUCUUUGUCUGAAAACCCCCAAACGCUAACUCAACCCAAAAUUCCUUCUUUCUUCUUCCUCAAGAUCUAAUAAUGGCGGAGGAACUUUAAUCUUAACUUCGCAACAUCGUCAUUCAACUUCAGUAGGAUCAUGACGUCACGAGAUGCUGCUAGAUAUAAAAGAACUGACGAUUCCAGUAAGGGGAAGUUGUUAAAUGAAAUUGAAAGUAUUAGCAAGGCACUCUAUUUGGACAGGAAUCCGUCAAAAAGCUCCUCUUCUGCAGCUAGAAGUCUGCCUAGAACAGUUGAUAAGAAUAAUGUAUUGGUGCCCAAUCCAACAUCAAAGCAUGGCAGUGAUGUCCCUUCAACCAAGGAGAAGAAGUCGAUUUGGAAUUGGAAACCUUUGAAGGCUCUUUCCCAUGUCAGAAAUCGAAGGUUUAAUUGUUGCUUUAGUCUUGAAGUCCAUAAAAUUGAAGGGUUGCCCUCUAAAUUCAAUGAUACUAACAUUUGUGUUCACUGGAAGAGAAGGGAUGGAGAAGUAGUCACUAGCCCAAUCAAGGUUAUCGAAGGAGCCGCUGGAUUUGAGGAGAAACUAACUCAUACUUGUUCAGUUUAUGGCAGUAGGAGUGGUCCACACCAUUCUGCCAAGUAUGAAGCAAAGCAUUUUUUAAUUUAUGCGGCAGUUUAUGGGCAUCCAAGGCUUGAUUUAGGAAAGCAUCGUGUUGAUCUCACAAGGCUGCUUCCGCUUACAUUGGAGGAGUUGGAGGAUGAGAAGAGUUCCGGGACAUGGACAACAAGCUUUAAGCUAUCAGGUGAGGCAAAAGGUGCUGUCAUGCAUGUUAGUUUUGGAUAUUUGGUGCUAGGGGAUGGUACUGCUCAUAAUAACAAGAAUAUGCUUCAACUUUUGGACUCAAAGUCAACUGCCAGGAAUCAUGUAAAAUCUAAUCAAGGUGAUGUGAAGAGCUCGAUGAGGCGUGCUGGAAGCCUUCCUUCAAAUUUAAAGUCAUCUACAACAACUCGUUUUAUGGAUGAUGUAAAAGUUCUCCAUGAGGUUCCAUCUUCAAAAAUGUCUGAAUUAUCUAGCUCUGUAAGCAUGCUGUAUCAAAAGUUUGAUCAGGAAGACUCAGACUCCUUGGUUGAGGAUAAGCGUGAAAUUCAAGUGCCUACAGAUGAUGACAAACCUGUAAAGUCAUCUCAUUGCUCUCCAUCAGGUUCUAAUCAGGAAAAUAUGUUGAAUGAUGAGAAUUCUGAGUUUUCGUUUGUUGAGAAGGGGGUGGAAUAUUUGGAGGAGAAGACAACAUUGGUAGAGGAUGGGGCAAAGGUUGUUAAUAAUCAAGAUGUGGUGGAGGAUGGGGCAAAGGUUGUUGAUAAUCAAGAUGUGGUUGAGGAUGGGGCAAAGGUUGUUGAUAAUCAAGAUGUGGAGGAUGGGGCAAAGGUUGUUGAUAAUCAAGAUGUGGAGGAUGGGGCAAAAAUUGUUGAUAAUCAAGAUGUAAUGAGUUCUGAUCUUUCUGUAGUCUACAACGAUGCUGGAGUAUCUUGUCAAAUGGAAGCUGACUUCAAAAGAGAUGAAAAUGUAACAAAUGAUUCCAACUCCGCAAAAAAGAGUAUGUGCACCAAAGAAUCACUUCUAGAAGAUCUGGAGUCAGUUUUGAGCAAUGUUGCUGACCUUGAGAAAGAAGGAUUAGACACCCCAGAGGCCAAAAGUGAAUCGAGUGAUCAGGAAAACCAGAAUGAGGAUGAGCCAAACAUGGUAACGCCUUCAGUUAGCUUGGAUGACCUUGCAGACACUGUUGCUGAUGAAUUUCUAAGCAUGCUUGGAAUAGAAGAUUCUUCCUUUGCCCUUGAUUCUGAAACAGAGCCUGAGUCUCCAAGAGAGCGUCUCUUGAGAGAAUUCGAAAAGGAAGCAGAGGCUAGUGGUUGUUCGUUAUUUGGUUUUGAUAUUGAUGAAGAGGAAAUGGAAGAUUAUGACUAUUAUGCUCCCACUAUUUCUGGGUGGGAGGAGUAUUCUGAGGAUUCUGCUUUCUUAAGAGUAGAUCAGCAUGAAUAUCCCAAGAUUAGGGCCAAAGUUAUGGAAGAUUUGGAAACACAAGAACUUAUGCAAGAAUGGGGCUUGGACGAGAUGGCUUUCCAGAGCUCUCCACCAGACAGUAGAGGUGGAUUUGGCAGUCCUAUUGAUCUCCCUCCUAUAGAAUCCUUACAGUUACCUUCCCUUGGAGAAGGCUUAGGUCCAUUUGUUCAAACCGAGACUGGAGGAUUUUUGCGAUCCAUGAACCCUAACCACUUUACGAAUGCCAAGAGUGGUGGCAGCCUAAUCAUGCAGGUAUCUAGUCCUGUUGUGGUUCCUGCUGAGUUGGGGUCUGGGGUAAUAGAUAUAUUACAGAAUUUGGCUUCAAUAGGACUUGAAAAGCUAUCUGUGCAAGCCAGUAAGUUAAUGCCUUUGGAAGAUAUCACUGGAAGAACAAUGCAACAAAUAGCUUGGGAAGCUGCACCUCAUGUGGAAGUGUCUGAAAGCCAAUAUAUGCUUCAAGAUGAGCGAAGAGAUGGCCUUCAUGUAUCUGAUGGAAAUAAACAAGUUAAACAACCUUCUUCUGGCCGGAAAUCUAAAAAAACUAGUGCAAGCUUGUAUUCUGAUGAGGCACAGUCAGAAUUUGUAUCUUUAGAAGAUUUAGCACCAUUGGCAGUGGAUAAGAUUGAAGCACUAUCAAUUGAGGGUUUGAGAAUACAGUCUGGCAUGUCAGAUGAGGAGGCACCUUCAAACAUCCAUGCUCAGUCUAUCGGGGAAGUCUCAGCUGUUGAAAGGAAAGGUAUAACUUCCAUUGCGUCGAUGGGUUUGGAGGGAGCUGCAGGAUUGAAGCUAUUAGCCCUUGAGGACAGUGGGGUUGAUAGCGAUGAUGGGCUAAUGAGUUUAUCUUUAACGUUGGAUGAAUGGAUGAAGCUGGAUUCUGGUGAAAUUGACGAAGAUGAGCGACUAAGUGAGAGGACUUCAAAGCUUUUAGCUGCCCACCAUGCCAAAAGCACAGAUUUAAACAUGUUUGGGAGGAAGGGAGAUAAAAAGCAGGGUAAAGGUUCUGGAAGGAGGUGUGGCUUAUUGGGUAACAAUUUCACUGUUGCCUUGAUGGUCCAACUUCGUGACCCCUUAAGAGACUAUGAGCCAGUUGGCACUCCAAUGCUUGCUCUGAUUCAAGUGGAAAGGGUUUUUGUUCCUCCGAAGCCAAAGAUAUACAGCACAGUUUCUGCACCAAAAGACAGCAGUGAUGAAGAUGAUCUUGAGUCAGUUACCAAGGAAGAGAAGAAGCAGGAGCCUGAAGAGAAAAUCCCGGAACAGGACUUUAUUCCUCAGUACAAAAUCAGUGAGGUGCAUGUUUCAGGUUUAAAAUCUGAGCCUGGUAAGAAAAAGCUGUGGGGCAGUAGUGCGCAACAGCAAUCAGGAUCACGUUGGUUGCUUGCAAAUGGCAUGGGGAAGGGGAAAAAUUCAUUUAUGAAACCUAAGAUUGCUGCCAAAUCUUCAUUGCCAGCCACAGUUGCAUCUCAACCAGGAGAUACCUUAUGGAGUAUUUCUGCUAAGUUUCAUGGCAGUGGAGCCAAAUGGAAACAAUUAGCUGCACUUAAUCCGCAUAUCCGAAACCCAAAUGUUAUACUUCCAAAUGAAACCAUCAAGCUUCGAUAAGUGGAAUGUGGAAUUUAGUGUGACAUCUGGACUUGAUAUUCCACAUGAGGCAUUUCUUUUUUUGCCUCUUUCUGCCUAUCGUUGGAGAGGAGCGAUUCUAUGAGAUUAUCUGUUGUGCGGGAAAUUCUUAUACCCCUGGAUUAACUUAUACAAAUGCAAAACAGUGUGAAUUAGUGUACAUUGGUUAUGAUGUAAAGCCAUAGAUAUAGAAAAUAGGUGUGGGGAAUUGUUUUUCCGAUGAAAUGUGAUGAUGGCAAAUGUCUUGUGUGUAUGAGAACAGCAGCCUUUUUGGUAGAUUUGGGCCAUUGGAUUUUAUCCAUUUUUAUUUAUGUCCUGAAAUUUAAUAAAUCCUUAUCAGCUGCAUAUAUUGUUUUAUGUCCUGAAAUAAUAAUAAAUCCUCAUCAGCUGCAUAUAUUGUUUUAA